AUGCACUUCUCUUCCCCGGAAGCAAGUGAGAAUCGACCACCGUCGCGGGCUCAGACGGUGGACUCGACAACUUCUAUGCCUACUCUCAGGCAGACGAGUCAGGCCGUGACUCCCGAUGAACCUCCCUGCGCCACUGCAACGGUAAAUUAUGCCCAGUACUAUCCAAGAGAAGUUUUCUGCGAGUCCCAGGAUUCAACUGAACCUACAGUCCUCGAAGGAGGUCACUUGGGCGACCCUUUAAUUAGAACCGACACCCUCACUGGCCCAAGGCUUCUUUACAAGGUAUCUGAUAUGCCUUCACGGGUAUGGACCUCGACAUUGAUGGAAAACUGGCUCAACUAUGUCCAUCCGUUGAUGCCUAUUGUGCCCCAACGUUGGUUGAUGCCUCGAGAGGGCUACACUGUGCCGACGAUAUUGUUAAAGUCCGUCUUCCUCUCCGGUGGGCGCACAUCGGCCACUUUUUCGCCUGCCCUUUGCAAGGAGUACUAUUUGUCGGCCAAGGCCAUGGUUCAUGACCAAUAUGAGAAGAAUCCCAUCAUCAAUAUUGUCGCGGCGUGCCUUCUUGGCUGGUAUAACCAGGCAAGCCCGUGGGCGGUCACGCACGACUCGAGUCGAUACUGGCUUCAUUUCGCGUCAAAUAUUGUGUAUCAGGUUGGCCUGCAUCGGGAGGUCGUGGGUGAACUGCAGUCGUCGUAUAAGCGAAAGCUAUGGUGGACGUUGGUGGCAAGAGACUGUCUGGUUGCAUGCGGACAUGGGAGACCUCGCAUCUUCGAUCUAAGAUAUUCCAACCGACCGUGUAUUUCGAUCGAAGACUUUGAACCGGGUGACAAACACGCCGCGACUUUCGUCGUCUACGUCAGACUUUGUUUGAUCAUCGGUGAUCUCUGUGAGGGCUAUCAACAGGGACGGAAGCAGCUUGCACGCCUCGGAGCCGAUGUCAAACAUCGACUGCUCUCGUGGCUGAAGGAUCUGCCUCCGCAUUUACGUUAUUUUGAUGCAACGGCGCAGUUCCGAGAGACAGCGGACAAUUUUAUCUUGAGGCAGGUAUUCGCCAUCUACCUUGCCACAGUUACUCUCCUGUCCAAAGCGGAGCCCAGGCCUGUCGGUUCCGUGUCGCCGGUGGCGCUGCGAGCGUCUUCAUUCCUGGCCACUCUACUGGAAGGAUUUCUGGCAAGAGAUGAAGCCGCCCGCCUCCCGGCAAUGUUCACGUUUUACACGCUGGCGGCUGCCAUACCCCAAGUAGCCGCACGGAAAUACAAGAGACUACGGCCAGCCAUCGAACUAGACUUGCAGAUUUUCGAAGAUGCACUGACGGCUCUCUCAACGAAGUGGCCGUCGGCGGCAAGCAGAGUGACAACUUUGCGAGCGCUGAGAGCCAAAAAACCAUGUACUUGUGCAGCUGGAGAGGAGACGCCGACACUCACUGAUGUUGAGGAUCGACUCCUUUUCAAAGACUUUGACACCAAAGCUUGUCGGCUUUGGACGUAUAUACGAGACGACAGGGCCACGACGACAAGAAGAGCGGCUGACGAAGUCGCAGAGCUGGCGAGUGUAACGGAAAAUGAAUUUUCUACAGAAACUUGCGCACGUCUGGAAAUGCUCGAUUACGCCUUCCAAGGAUCACCAUCAUCGUCGUCGUGGGAAGCGCUUCCUGCGCAGGAAAUUUCCACCGGGUUAUCAGACGACCUAGGGUCCCAGUGGCCCGAGGACAAUUUCUGGAAUGACCCAUCUCUAGACUUUUCAGAUACUCUUGGGAGCUGGCUGUUUGCCGAUGAAUCAUUUCCAGACCUUGGGGGUUGA